AUGACAGAUAUUUUAGUUGCAAGUAGUUUGAAAACAUUAAAAGAUAUUUAUUCAACGGAACAUGAUUGGAACAAAAUUAAUCCAUUCGCAGAAGCUACUAUACUUUUAUCAUCAUCUUCUUAUCCUAUUAUGGGUGAUUUAUAUAUAUCUUUUACUGGCAUUUUUAGUGUUUUACAAGAGAUAAUCAACAAAGGAUCUAAUUCACAAGCAAAAUCAAUUGCUAUAGCAAU